AUGGCCCACGAACGCCAAGCAGAGAGCACGUCUGCCUUGUCCAAAGACCGUGAAGUAUCAUCUAUUCCUAGGUACUACCUGGAUGGGAGCAAUGACGCCACACCAUCUGAACAUGCGCCAGCUGAAUCAGCGAGUGCACAACGUGAUAGUCACUGGGUCUACCCUUCGGCGGAACAGUUUUAUACGGCAGUGCGUCGCAAGAACCAUGCAGCCCGAGCGGAAGAUAUGGGUGUUGUCGUGCCUAUACAUAAUGCUGUGAAUGAAGAAGCAUGGCGUCGCAUCUUGGAGUGGGAGCAUGAGUGGCAGACGGACAAGGAAGCACCAGGGCCACAGCUUGUCAACUUCGUCGGACGGCCGCGCGACGUGACGUGGCGGGCAUGGCUGCGUGGCUUGGCUGGCUACCAGAUGCCUUUUGACCGACAUGACUGGACGAUAGUUCGUCCCAGCACCGAUGGCGAGACACCCCACACUGUGCGUUACAUUAUUGACUUUUAUGCAGGCAAGGCUGCCCCCCCGUGA